AUGCUCCGCCCCAGGGGGCGGACCGCGGCCCCCGCCGGAAGUGUUCUCGCUCAGGCGGCAUUUCCUUCCUGUGUGAGGCCGGCUCCGGGCUUUUGCUCCCGCUGUUUCUGCCCCCGGGUUAACAAUCAAGAUGGUACAUGCUGAAACCUUUUCUCGUCCCUUGAGUCGGAAUGAAGUUGUUGGUUUAAUUUUCCGUUUGACAAUAUUUGGUGCAGUAACAUACUUUACUAUCAAAUGGAUGGUAGAUGCAAUUGAUCCAACCAGAAAGCAAAAAGUAGAAGCUCAGAAACAGGCAGAAAAACUAAUGAAGCAAAUUGGUGUGAAAAAUGUGAAGCUCUCAGAAUACGAAAUGAGUAUUGCUGCUCAUCUGGUAGACCCUCUUAAUAUGCAUGUUACUUGGAGUGAUAUAGCAGGUUUAGAUGACGUUAUUACAGAUCUGAAAGACACAGUUAUUUUACCUAUCAAAAAGAAGCAUUUGUUUGAGAAUUCCAGGCUUCUGCAGCCUCCAAAAGGUGUUCUUCUCUACGGGCCUCCAGGCUGUGGUAAAACAUUGAUUGCCAAGGCUACAGCCAAAGAAGCAGGCUGUCGAUUUAUUAACCUUCAGCCUUCAACACUGACUGAUAAGUGGUAUGGAGAAUCUCAAAAAUUGGCUGCUGCUGUUUUCUCUCUUGCCAUAAAGCUACAGCCUUCCAUCAUCUUUAUAGAUGAAAUAGACUCCUUUCUACGAAACCGUUCGAGUUCUGACCAUGAAGCUACAGCCAUGAUGAAAGCUCAGUUUAUGAGUCUGUGGGAUGGACUGGAUACUGAUCACCGCUGCCAGGUCAUAGUAAUGGGAGCUACUAAUCGUCCUCAGGACCUUGACUCGGCUAUAAUGAGAAGAAUGCCUACAAGAUUUCAUAUCAACCAGCCCGCUUUAAAACAAAGAGAAGCAAUCCUGAAACUCAUCUUGAAAAAUGAAAAUGUGGAUAGGCAUGUAGACUUGCUAGAAGUUGCCCAGGAAACUGAUGGGUUUUCAGGAAGUGACCUAAAAGAGAUGUGUCGAGAUGCUGCCCUUCUCUGUGUCAGAGAAUAUGUUAAUUCUACAUCAGAAGAAAGCCAUGAUGAAGAUGAAAUUCGGCCUGUGCAACAGCAGGACCUGCAUCGGGCAAUUGAAAAGAUGAAGAAAUCAAAGGAUGCUGCAUUUCAGAAUGUUUUAACACAUGUUUGUUUGGAUUAAGAGUAAAGAUCCUUUGUACAGUUCA